UACUCCCUGGUUGCGUUGCAGGAGCGCAAGGGUCGUUCUUCCGUUCAAUUCUGAUUCAUUCGUUCGGUGUCCUUCUAAGGGGAAGUGUCGUCCUCUCCAUCACGUCGGCGGUGGCGAUUUCGCAACGGAAUUUCGAGCGAGAAUCGAGCCAAGCUUCGAGCACGUAGCACACCCCAGGCACAAUGGAACCCUUCGUCCAGCGUAUGUUGGAACGCGCUAAAGCCAGGAGAGAGAAACUGGAUGAAAAGUUAUCAAAUGCGGGACACAAUGUUAAAAAAAGGCAGAGUCCUUUGAAAAAUACAUUGUUAGAACAGGCCACAGCAAUAGCAGAAGAAAAUUCAGCCAGAUCACCAAUCAAAGCAGUUUCAGUUAGUGCACUUUCAUUUAUCAAAUCACCUCAUAAAUCUCCUAUAUCCAAGAAUACCGGACCUGAAAAUAAUGAACAGGAUAAUAAGGAGAAUAGUGACUUUCAAGUUCAUAAUAUGCGAUCCAAGUUACAUAGACUUGGGAAAUUAUAUUCUGAUGAUAAUCAGGAAUUAAGUUCACCUAUACAUCAAAAUGAAGAAAAAUUCACUGCAGAAGAAAGUAGGGAGGAAUAUAAACCAGUUAAAAGAGGCGCUAGACUUGAUAGAUUUGCAGCUUUAGCGUCAACUAUUAACAAUUGGGAGGAUGAUUUGUCUCAUCCGGUAUUAACUAGUUCCAAGAUUAAACCUGGAAAUAGUAAAGCAAAACAAAUACAAGCAAAGUUUAACGAACAAGUUAAAAGUGGAUUUGAGUCACAACCAAGCACAAGUGAGAGUAAUAAAUGGAAGAGCAAAGAUUCAAGUCCAACCAAACAAUUAAAAUGGGAUAAAAAUGUGUUAGAAAACUUGGAAUCAAACGCUGUCACAAGUCGUUUUUCACCUAAAAAGAGCUCUGCUUACCAGCAAAUGGAGAAGAAGCAGAUUUUGCCUAUUAAGUCAGAUGGUUCACCAAGAAGCAAGAAAACAGAAAGUGAUGCUAACGGGACCGCAAGUCCAGCUAACUCUUCUAGAAGCAACGAUAGUAAAGUUUCUAAUACCCCUGAAAAUAUUAAAAGCGCGAAUACUACUAGCAGUUCUCGAUUACCGUCGAGGACAGUAUUUAGCGGAUCUCCAAAGACUUUGGUCCAACCAUCAGGUUCGGUGUUGAGUAAAGCAUCGAUGUUUGAAGCUAAAAGCACAGAAACGAAGGUGAAAGAUCCUGCGCAAAUGUCACUUGCCGAAAGGAUGGCAUUUUUCGAACGAAAUAAGGGAGAAGCAUUGAUACCUAAAGCACCACUUACAAUGUCGAUACCGCCUAAAAAGUUACAGGAAAGAGACAAGCAAGGAUUUAAUGCGGAUUCGUCUCCAAUUAACAAUCGAAACACGGAUAUUCCGAGUAGAACGGUUUUUGAACAACGUGCGAUGUUUGAACAAGGCAACAAUAGAAACAAAGUAGAAGAAAUGGAAAAUCGCAUUUUACAAGCUACUUAUACUGAGAGACAGCGUGAAUUAGGCAUGUUACGUUCGCGGUUUAAUGCCAAUAAAGAGGUCGCUCGUGCCGCUGCUGGAUCUUGCGUUCGAACGAGUGAAAGUAGCGAAGGAAAUGGCAAAUCAUCGUCGCCAAAAAGUUCGCCCGUUUGUCCAGUGAAGCCGACUCCUGCUCCGGAUCAUAUUGUUCAUCCGCCACCGCCGCCACCACCAUUACCAGAAAUUGUAUCAUAUCACACUAAAUCUUCUCCAGCAAAAAGACAAGUUGUUGGAAGCCCACCGAAAGUUCAACAUUUACGUGCGACAUCCGAUAUUAAACGUAUCCGUGUGUGUCCACCAAAACCAGGAUCUCUUUAUCCUAAUCUGUCGGAGAUUGAAACUACAGAAAGCGAGAGUGAUACGGAAUACACUGUGGACAGUAGCGAACCUGUAACAGCUACUUUUGACGAGAAAACAGAAACGGAAACCGACACAGUCUCUGAAGCUGAUUAUUAUAUUCGACAUGAUGAAACUGACCAAGAAACUGAAAGUGAUAAGGAAAGCGUAACAAAUACAUCUUUUGGGCGUACGAGUUUUGGACGCAGCAUUUUGCACGCGUACGAUGAACAUGCUUCGUUGUUUAACAAAAAAAGAUGUAUAGAACCGGAUCCAGAUAGCAUUACAUCAGACGACAUUUCAGUACUCGAUGAAAUGGAUCAAUAUUUGGAUUGUCUUGAUGAAGAAUUAAAUAAUGACAUGAAAGGGGAAGGUCCUACACCUCCUAAAGUAAAUAAAGGCGGCGAAAGUCUGUCGAUGAGGUGUCAUAAUUCCAAAUAUCGUUCGCCUUUGAAAGAUUCGGAUAAAUUAGAGAAUGGUGACAAACGUGUACCAUUAUUACGCACUGUUAGUGCUUAUAGACGACAACAGGUUCCAGUUAAAAUUAAUUCAGCUGCAAGACACGAAACAGGUUCAAAUUCAAUUUCUGGUACAGAGAAGCGCGAAGAUGAAGUCACAUUGGUGCAAAUGAAAGUAAAAAAGUUAUUAGACGAAGUUGUUGUAACGCAACAGAAGAAAAUAGAAGAAGCUAGCAAAGCGUUGAACUUGUGUCAUUCUACCGUUGAAUUUAACGGCUCUAGUGAGCACGUCGGAGGCGAAUGGGCUCUGCUCGUUGCUACUCACAAACGCCAAGCUGCACUGAAUGAAGUGCAAAGAUUAGAACGAGAAGGCACUCUGAGACCGGUCAAGGCAGGCUCACCAGAAGUGCAGGGUAGUGGUUCAUUAACUAUUUCUGCCAUUACGUUACCGCUCAAGCAAGAAUAUUUCCGAAAUAUGGGCAUGAAUACAUAUCUUCAUUGUGUCUGCUUGAUGUAUUAUUUAGGGGAAGUUUUCGCUACCCAACCAGCGACUGCUGAACCAGGCGAUUCAUGUAUCUGUUUUACUUCAAUGUUGAAACUUGAUAAUUUGCACAGUGAUUUCAAGAUUCUUGUUGAAGUGUAUACCUUCCAGACGCACCCAAAAUAUUUGCCGCAUGAAAAGAAAUAUCAUAUCAAUCAUACUGCAAAAGCGGUCAAUAAGACACCAAAGAAAAAGAAUCAGUUUAUAGUGCCAGACAUACAGAGUCCAGCAGGUCCAAAUGCAAUCAGAUCACCGGCUUUCGAAUUAUCUGGAACUACGACCCUUACACUCGAUGACAUAAAUUGCGAGCAAUUUUCUUUGCUCAGAAUCUCGUCACAUUCUCCACUAGAAGGACACCUGCGAAUGCGUAUAUCGCGUAAACUCUCGAUAUCAGUGGAAUAUCGUGGAUUUUUGACGCUGUUCGAGGAUAUUACAAAUUUGGGUGCUUGGCGUCGAAGAUGGUGCUGGCUUAAAGACGCUAAGCUUUAUUAUUGGGUGUAUCCUGAGGACGAACACAAGAAAAGUCCAAUAGGGCAACUUGACUUGGAGGGUGUUAUUACAAAACACGUACAAUUUACAAAUCGAGAAAAAUGUGCUCGUCCUUUCACAUUUCUACUCGAGAUAUCUAGACCUGUACAACCUGGAGAUACUAAUAAUCUCAUCAUGAAGACAGAUGGAAGGGAAACCAUAAUUGAGUACUUUUUGUUAGCUGAUACGAAAGAAGAAGGAUUACAAUGGAUGUCGAAAUUGAAUAAAACUCUAAGCUUAAUUAGAGCUUGGGGAUCAUGAAGAAAUUCAGUUUAUGCUUAAAUCCAGAUUAAAUUUAUUAAUUUCAAACAACGUAUUCAUGUACGUUUAAAUCAAUUUGUGAUAGGAGGUAUGCGUAUGCAUUCAUAUGUCGUGCAUCGCUCAUCAGAAUAUAGAAUAACAGAGAGAUACUUGAUUUAUAAUACUUUACAAAGAAAGGAAAAAUCUGUCUCGCUUUACGAAGAUAUAUAUUACACUUGCAUCUCAUCGAUGCAUAAAAUAACGGAAAUACUUGUAAGGAAAUACAAAAUGCUUUG